AUGUCUCUUGUUGCCGGUGGAGAGACAAUUGAGGGGGAGAACGUGGAGUCGCCGAAGACCUACUUCCUCAACGGCGCCCUUUGCCAAGAGAAGGAUGUCCAGGCGCCCCGGCGCAAUGUGGCGAAGCUCCUGGGCACCAGCGAGAACGGCACAGCGCGCCGCUUGCUGCUUUUCGAUGGGCAAUGUAGGCUGUGCCUGGGCUUUGUCUCCAUCGUCGUAGGACGAGACUCUUCGGAUCUCUUUCGCUUUGCACCUCUUCAGAGCGAUCUGGGACAGGAGGUGCUCCUCUCGCAUGGUGUACCUAAAGAUAUUGACUCCGUGGUGCUGCUGCGGGAUGGUGAGGUCUACACGCACAGCGACGCGGCCCUGGAGGUCCUUGGGGACUUGGAUGGCCUAAUCAGCGGUCUUUGGGGCUUGAAGAUCAUCCCGCAGUUCCUCCGCGACGCCGGCUAUGCGCUCGUCGCCAAGAGCCGUUUUAUGCUGUUGGGCCACAGCUCCAUCUCCGAGGCCGCCGAUGAGAUGAUCAAGGCAAUGCCACGAGCCAUGCGGAGUGGCGCGGAGUGGCAGGUCCUUUCGUGGUCUCCGAGGGUGGGGCUGCAUGUGGUCCGUCAAGCGAGUCGGGCAGCCAUGGAGGAGAAGGAGUGUGUUUCACCGCAAAGUGUGUUUCGCCGACGCCGAAGUGAACAGAUCACGCAAGGAGCGAGCCUGCGCUGGCAGAUGCCAGUGGGCCUGGCGGCCAUUUGCGUGCUUGGUGCGCAAAGGAGGCGAGUGGCACGGGCAGCAGAAGAGACCAAGAAGAAGACCAGAAGCAUUGCCAAGGAGACCUUGGCGCGACUUCGGUCGCGUAGCCCACGAACCACGCCCAAGGGCCAGGCGAAGAAGAAGAUGCCGCCGGCGCCGGACCCCUACGAGCUCGAUGAGGAGGGCCGGAAGAUCUUCCCAUGGCCGAAGUCUUUCGCUGAGAUUGUGCAAACGGCUUGCUUCUCGACCAUGAACCUGAUCAUGGAGGGUGAGACGCGCAUUGAGGUGUGCUUCCCUCCGCUGCCCCUGGCGGACUUGGAUUGGAACAUCUGCGACCUCACCGAGACGAGGGUGGUGGAUUCCAACAUCCAACAUGCCAUUGCCUUUGCGAAGCUGAUGAUCAAGGACAAGAGGUCCUUCCCGCAGCUGAACGCGGAAGAGACUCAGAAGAAGGCGAUGGACGGGGCUCCCCUGCAAGAGCCAGACAAGAUCAAGGGGCUCUUGGAGCGCCGCUUCAAGAAGAAGCCCGACGGCGACCUGGGGCGCACCGACCUGCCGGCACGGGGCGCGGCGCGGCGCUUCCAGCUGCGCGAGGGCCCGGCGCUCUGUGUGCUGAGAGGCAAAGAUGGGGAACUCUAUGUGACCGAGGAUGCCGUGCCGCCCUUGCGGCAGCCUCUGACUGGCCACGGCUGCGUGCUGGAUGGGCGGCUGCUGCGCGCGCAGUGCCGGGUCUUCGGGACCAAGUUUGACUUGCGGAACGGGGAGGUCAUGGGCCCAUGGUGCCCACUGGAGUCCUCACCGCUCCUGCUGGUGCUGCUCCUACGCCUCUUGCUACUCCUGCUGCGGCUGCUCUGGGCGCCUGGAACGGAGCGGAAGCUGCGGAGCUUUCGGAGCCGGUGGCACCAGGGGAAGUUGGAGGUGGAGUUGAAGCCGUCCGGCCGUCGCGACCGGGAGAGCUUCGUUUUCGCCUUCGCCAGGUGGCUUUUCGUGCCCAGCACUGAGCUCCGACCUUGGAAAAACGUCGAGGUGGAUCUUCAGGUGCAGGUGCUGAAAGACCUCCCGGACACACAAGAGCUGAAGAUCUCAGUGGUGCCGAAGAGGGCGACGUCUUCGGAGCUGGGCCGCGCCUUUCUACGGCUACCCAAGAGCCCAGUGGCGCAGCCCCAAAUGGCGCAAUUGGCGCGAGAGCUCUUCGCGCUACCGAAGCUCAAGGACUCUGAGGCACGCUGCGCGGUCUGGGUGGCGCAAUACGUGCUGCCAGAGGCUCGUGGCUUGGGCCUUGACCAGAAGAUGCUUUCAAAGAUCUUGGAGAUCCUCCACGAGCGAGGCUUCCAUUUCUUGCUCCUCAUGGUGGAUGGCCGUUCGGAGGAGCUGCGAGCGCAGCUCUACGCCCAUUAUGAACUGCAGGGCUUUGUGAAGAUCGCAGAGCCCAAUGCCAUGGGACUCCAGCGCGCCAUGCUUCGCCACCUGCGCGGCGGCGGCAUUUGCGCCGCCCCGGGGACGUCGGCGGAGGAGGAGGCGAGUGGUCCAGUGGUGGAGGCCGCGCGCCAUGGAGUGGAUGUGGCCAAGAAUGCUUUCUUCUUGGCGCAUUGCUAUGUGUGUCUCCCACUGCUGAUUGAGUUUGUGAAGAUGGUGCCCCGCCUGCGGAAGGGACAUAGUCUCGACGGUCUGGCGAAGCAGGGACCCGGCCAGGUCCUUCUGCGAGCCAUGACCGUUCUGGGCUAUGUCGAAGCUUCUGGUGAUCGGCUUCAACUCGUGGAGUGCCAGGAGUUGAAGGCUUGGGAGACGCUGCUCUCAGAAGACCUCCUAGAGCUCUACGAGGUGAAGCUGCCUUUUGACCUCAGCGCACCUCAGCCUUUCUUGUCCUUGUUGAAGAAGCUGCCAUCAGUAUCAGCUCUUCAGGGUGAAGCUGGGUCUCUCCAGGUGUUCCUUCGGGCUGCGCUGCUCACGCCCUUGGCCGUCUCGGUGGUCUCCGCGGAAAGCGCCGCGGAGGUCCGCAGAGGUCCGGUGCCGUGUAGCCGGGAGCUGGAUCCGCUGCUCCGCGAGCUGAACCUGGGUUCGUGCGCCGAUGGCACACUGAGUGUCAAGGCGCUGUCCUUGCAGCGCUGUCAGACUCUUCUGGUGGCAGCGUCCUAUGCACCCAUGCUGGGCCAGUUCCGCCACAUUCUACACGAGGACCCCUCCUGGGCCUUUGCGGAGACAGUGACGGGCGUUGAGGAGAGACAUGUUGACCGAGUGCUGAACGUUCUUGGCAGUGGCCUGCAACACAAGGCCUUCUUCCGAGACCUCUUAGAGCUCCUGCGACCUCUCUUCAGCGGACCCCUCGAGCAGCAACCCUGCUAUGUGGCGGACACAGGCUGUGGAGAUGGGAGCCUUUUGUGGCAAAUCUACGAGUUCGUGUGCUCCGAAACGAUCCGGGGGAAGCAUUUGAAGGACCACCCCCUGACGAUGAUCGGCAUCGAUCUGAACACCGCAGCGCUGGGAGCGGCCGCGCGGACGCUGCGGGAGGUGCCGCACCAGCUGCUGGAGGCGGAUAUCGGGCAGCCAGGUCGCCUGGUGCGAGAGCUGGAGCACCGAGGCAUCGAUGCCAGGCGGGUGCUGCACGUGCGCUCCUUCCUGGACCACGAUCGGCCGUUUCAACGGCCCGAGCGGCCCAUUCUCCCAGGCCGACGGCGAGGGGUGGAAGGGCAUUUGGAAGGGGAAGCUUACUGCGUGCAGAUCGAAGCUGUUUUAGGGGAUCAAGCUGUGCGGCUCUCACUCACCAUGGAGUUGGCGCAGGGAGAGCAGAAAGUCUCGGAUUCGUGUCAAGCCCUAAAGCGCAGCAUGGAGGCAGUGGUUGGUGGCAUCAAGAAGAAGCGUAGAAUGUUAGACGACGUGCUUGAGGAGCGCCUGAAGUUGUCCUGCUCAGCGGAUGGGAAGGAUGAGAAGGCAACGGCGAAAGGCUCUGACGUGUUGAAGCUGAACGUAGGUGGUGAUAGUGCAUUUCAAACCAGGAGAGACACCCUCACCGCCAUCGAAGGCUCGCGCUUGUCGCAGAUGUUUGGAGGCCGCUGGGAUAAGGUUCUGCCAAAGGACAAGAGUGGCAGAUUCUUCCUCGACCGGAUCCGCAGCAGUUCAGGGCUUUGCUCUCUUGGCUGGUUGAUGUCAAGCGAACUCCGCCAGGAUCACUUGAAGAAACCGAGCCCCCAGUCGAAUCGUUGCCGGAAGAGUUUCGCCCUGGCUUUUUGGAUUUGUGCCGCCUCUUGUGUUCACGUGAUGAUUUGGAGAGUGAGAGCAAGAAAGCGAGGAAGAGGAUACAGCAGCUUUCUCGGAAACACUCGAGGCUUUGAGGGAAGCCUUGGAUUCUACUAUCAACGAGGAUGA